AUGAGGGCAAACACAGUAGGAAUGAAUAAAUCUGAUAAGUUCUUUGAGUUCGUAAACCAUGUUAAGUCAAAAGGUGUGACAACACUUAAAUCUGCAGCUAAACAAAUAUUUAAAGGAAUGAAAUUACAAAAGAACUUCACACAACAGAUUGAGAUUGUAACUGAUGAUUACAAAACAAGAAUCCAAAAAUACUUAGAGCAUGUCAUGGGUGAGAAAGCAAAAUUUACAAUUGACGAGGAAUUCGUUUUUCUGGAUAUGGUAGAAACAUCCUGCAGACUUCUUUAUCGAGAGCAAAAGAAAAUUCUAAACUUUGCAAUUACUACAGCGAAAUUGAUCCAUAACAUCAAUGAAACUAAUAAUUCUACUAAUAAAAAUGCAAACAAUGAAUUGAAUAAUUUUAAUAUCUCACACGAGGUUGAUGUACAAAGUUUGAGCCAAAUAAUUUUUAGACAAGUUGUAAUGACAAAAAGAGAAGAAUUGCGACAUAUAUGUAAUAAAUAUGAAAUUUGCAGACCUUAUCCUGCUUUUACCGAUUACUUGGCGGAUUUUCUAGUUGAAAUUAUGAAACUAUCAGACGAAAAACUGGGUACAUUUGUUAAGGCUUUACGACUGCUUGGUAAAACUAACGAAGACUUUUUCAAUGGCUUCAUUGAUGUAGAUGACAAGGAAACUGUUAUUGUGCCAUAUUUUGCCGAACUGUUAAAUAAUCUAAAUGGCUUUCAAGAAACAUUAUUGAUAAUAAGAGGUCUUCUUACUCAAAGGUUCAAGAUAAUAAGUAGUCCAAACUUGAAAAUGAAGAUAAGAACUCAGGCUGUGAGGAUUAUUCUUGAUAUUAUAAAUCGAGCCUUUCAGUAUGAGAAUGAUGAUCUUCUAGCAAUGGAAUUUGAUACCGUCGUUAAAAGCAUUAGAAGUUGGAAUAAUGGUCAGAGGCAUUUUCCUGAAUCAUCUGUAAUAUUACUUUUUAACAGUAUUUUUAAUGUUUUGGAUUAUAAUUUGAGCAUUGAUGCUAAGUCAGAAGUGAAAGUUUUAAUAGAGACACUUAUAAGGGGCAGUUCAAAAGAUGAAAAAUUGUAUAGCAAGUUAUUCAGUGAAGGCUCGAAGUAUGUCAAAGGUGAAGAUAUAGUACGUGGGUUGUUUAUUUAUCCGUCAUAUGGUGGAAAUGCCAUAGGAACUCUCAAGUCAGGCAAACAUAACAAAAAAACAACUCAAAUACCUAAAUCGCCAGAUGUCAAAUCUAAAGUCCCCAAAAAAUUCUUUGCACCCUUACCCAUAUCACCGGCUCCGUUCCACACUUACGAGACUGAUAGACUAAAUGAUUAUUCAAAGCAUGUCAUGAAGCAAGGUAUGAACAUCAUUAAAUAUUCAGCAACAAAAAUUUUAAACCAAGUUGGAAAUGAGAAUUCAUUAGCAGUCUACUCUGUGACCUCAGAUUAUGUGAGUAAGGUACAAGAGUUCUUAGACCACCUUAAAGAAAACCAUGGCAGACAUUCAAGUCAGCCUGUUGGUGAGGAGUUUAUGAUAAUGAAUAUGUUAGAAAAAGCAUGUGAAAUACUCUAUCAACAGCAAUGGAUACUUUUAAGCACAACACCAAUGAAUUCUACUAAAGCAAAUAUUAGCAGGAUUCAGAAAUUAAGCAAAUUUAUCAAUGGCCAAAUAAAACAAUGGAGGAAAGAAGAAAUGCAAUAUAUUUGUAGCACCUUUCAGAUUUGCAAACCGUAUCCAGCAUUUUCGAACCGCGUGGAGUAUCUAAUACUUGAAUUAUUGAAACUCCCUGACAGUAAAUUAAAUAUUUUUGUUGAUCAUGUGAAGAAUAUAGUAGAAAAUAAUAAAGACUUUUUGGCACUAGUAGGUGGAAUACAAGGUAAAGACAAGACAUUUAAAAGGAUAAACGAUCUGUGUCGAAAUAAAAGUCUCAAAGAAUCUCUGACCUCAGUAAGAGGGAUUCUAAGCCAUAAAUUCAAAAUUUCUCAAUCGCAAUCAAAUACUAAAAGUCAGGCAACCCAAGUUCUUUUAGAUAUUAUUGAUAAAGCAUUCCUUUUCAAUCGUGACAAAAGUAUUGUUCUCAAUUUCGAGGAAUUUGACGAGGUAAUUAAAAAAUGGGGUAAAAAUAAAGCACAGUUGGAUAGAGGACUUCUGGAGCAAUUGAUUAACGCCAUACUUAAAACAAUUAAUUCUAUUAACAAUCCGGUGAAAAGUACAUUAAUCAAAGCAGUAACAUGGAUUGAUUAG